AUGUCCUCCUCCAAGCGCAGCAUUCUCAAAACCGGCUGCUCCGACGGCAGCCUCGGCUCCGGGCUCGCCCGCGAAUGCCACCGAGGCCGCAAAAAAGCCGGCAUAGAGACCAUCCUCCUCGACACGCUAUGCGACUCCUCCAUCGGCGCCUGCGUCGCACGCGUCAGAGAGCUCACCAGCUCUGACCUCAAGACCGGCGCCCUGGACGCACUCCUCAACACCGCGGGCGGCGGCUGCUCCAUGCCCGUGACGGACAUCGACAUUCCCCACCGCGCGCUCUCUCUUCGAUCGCUCAUCAGCGUCACGCAGGCCUUCCUCCCCCACCUGAUGAACUCCACCCACCCCGACGGCGGUGCGUUUGCUCGGCCCGUUCGCCGGCGCAUACAACGCCUCGAAAGCCGCGGCGUCCAGUUUCAUGAAACCCUGCGGCGGAAGCUCGAGUCGUUUGGUAUCUGGGUGGUGAAUCUGGUGACCGGGGCCGUGCAGUCCGCCUUCCAUGAUAAGGCGCCGCAUCCGACGCUGCCGGCUUCUUCGCUGUAUAACGUUGCGAAGGAGACGGUCGAGCGCGCGAUGACGAAUCCUGAUUCCGAGAGUGAUACGGACGCCAACGUGUGGGCCAGCCAGGUGGUGCGGGAUUUGAGUCGAAGGCGUCCGGCGUGUUGGGUUUGGAGAGGGAAGUGGGCGAUGAUGGCGUGGGUGGCGGGGUUUCUGCCGGUGGGGACCUUUGAUGGGACGAUGAAGCGCUGGUGUCCUGUAAACACCGUUCUCGAGAACAUUGUCAGAUUAUCAAGAUAA